AUGUCUUCUCUAUCGCGUCGCGCGUGCUACAAGUGCGGAAACGUAGGGCACUACGCCGAGGUGUGCUCAUCGUCUGAGCGGCUUUGCUACAACUGCAAGCAACCAGGCCAUGAGUCCAACGGUUGCCCGCAUCCACGCACCACCGAAACCAAGCAAUGCUACCAUUGUCAGGGACUGGGCCAUGUCCAGGCCGACUGCCCGACGCUGCGACUUAGCGGUGCUGGUACCAGCGGCCGAUGCUACUCUUGCGGCCAGCCAGGUCACCUUGCACGAGCAUGCCCCAACCCUGGCGCUGCUGGCGCUGGACGCGUUCCCGGUCCUCCACGAGGCGGGUACGCCGGCGGCUUCCGCGGUGGCUACGCUGGAGCUCGUCCGGCUACCUGCUACAAGUGUGGCGGUCCCAACCACUAUGCCCGUGACUGCCAAGCGCAGGCGAUGAAGUGCUAUGCUUGCGGCAAGCUCGGACAUAUCUCGAGGGACUGCACUGCUCCUAACGGAGGCCCUCUCAACACCGCUGGCAAGACCUGUUACCGUUGCGGCGAGGCUGGACACAUUUCCCGGGAAUGCCCGCAGGCUGAGGUCAACGGCGAUGUUGGUGCCCCUUCCGCGCCAGCCAUUCCUGUUCAGCCAGCUGCGCCUACAACCGCUGUCGCAUAA